AUGAGUUAUAUCACUGCUUAUGAUGAGAAGAGAAUCUGUCGUGAUCUUCCAGCAGUAAAAGGGGACAAGUGGUGUCAGUCGUUGAGUGAUGCUGGCGUUUACGUACAUGAUAACGUCAGUGAGCCUAUUUCUCUAUUGAUUGGAGCUGAUAUAGCAGGACGUCUGUACACAGGAAAAAUACACCAAACAGAGCAAGGUCCUACUGCUUCAGAAACAAAAUUAGGCUGGGUGCUGCUUGGAAAAGACAGCACAAGUGAACAAAGUUCUCAUACCGAUGCAACGUUGGCUGUUUUCACCAUGUUUAGUGAAAAUGCAAAAAUAACUGAUCUCUGGGAUCUUGACGUACUAGGAAUUAGGGAUCCUGUUGAGACAUUGUCCAAAGAAGCUCAUCAAGCCAAGGUUGUGAGACAAUUUCAAGAGACUACAAGACUCAACGAGGAGGGGAGGUACGAGGUUCACUUACCAUGGAAGGAAAACCACCCACCUUUGAGCAACAACAGAGCUAGCGUAGAGAAGCGCCUAGUGAGACUGACGUCAAAACUACAUGAUGAGCAUUUGUACGAUGACUACCAGGCAGUAUUUGAUAGCUGGUUAAGCGAUGGCAUAAUAGAACAAAUAUCUGUCAACGAGAUAGAAAAUUCAGGGUACUAUUUGCCACAUAGGCAUGUAGUGAAAGAAAACAGCUCAACACGCAUACGUCUAGUCUUCGAUGCAUCUGCAAGCUGCAAUGAUGGACCUUCUCUAAACCAAUGCUUAGAAACUGGACCUAAUUUGAUAGAACUCAUAACAAACAUACUCUUGCGUUUUAUGAGGAACAAGAUAGGCGUAGCAGCCGACAUUAAAAAGGCUUUUUUGCAAAUAGAAGUAACUCCAGCAGACAGAGACGUCUUAAAAUUUCUGUGGUGGAAAAGGGACAGUCCACAUGAAAUGAUUGUUUACAGACAUCGACGAGUAGUAUUCGGUGUGAACGGUAGCCCUUUUCUGUUGGGAGCUACUAUAGAACUUCAUUUGGACAGUGCUUUGAAGAAUUCCGUUUCUAACGAGGAAGAAGAAAUUAUCAAGAAACUCAAGAAAUCCUUUUAUGUCGACAACUGUGUUGCAAGUGUUCAAUCGCCUGAAGAAGAGUCGAAAUUUCGAAGCACGGCCACCGAAGUUAUGCUGCGUGCUUUUGAUCUACGAGGCUGGGAACGUACACACGAUGACGCAGAAAAAUCGAAGAGUUCUAUUUUAGGUCUCAUUUGGGACAAAAGAAACGAUUGUUUAUUAAUAAAUGCAUGUUUUACAGGUGAAAUAAAACAGCCACUGAAAAAAAAAAAAAUAUUGUCCACCGCACACAAGAUCUUUGAUCCACUGGGCUGGGCUUGUCCGACUUUGCUGUGUCCAAAGUUACUGCUACAACAAUUGUGGAGUAAAAAUCUCGCUUGGGACACAGAGGUGCCGCAUGAAGUGGCAAUGGAAUUCACCAAAUGGCAGUCUCAACUUUCCCGGCUUGCUGAACUCAAAAUUAAACGCUGGAUUUUUGAAGGUGUGCAAGAAAAUAGCGCCCAGUUGCAUAUGUUUGUCGACGCUAGUAAAUAUGCCUACGCCGCUGCUCUGUUCAUAAGAAUACCGACAUCGCAAGGCGACGCUAAUGUACAUUUAAUACAAGCAAAAGCACGAGUGGCACCGACUAAGAAAGUAUCUAUUCCACGCAUGGAAAUAUUGGCUGCGACACUCGGAGCGAGAUUGAUGAGUACUGCGCGAAAAACGUUGGAGCUUUUGCAAGCACAAGAGUUCUUUUGGAGCGACUCCACUACGACGCUGUCAUGGAUUACAAGAAAUAAGCAGAGGUCGAGAUUAAUUUUGAACAGAGUGCAAGAAAUCAGAGAGCUCACUGAUGUUGCGGCGUGGCGUCAUGUACCUGGCGAGUUAAAUCCUGCGGACCUCCCCUCGCGUGGCUGUUCUGUGUCUCAACUUGUCGAAUCGCAAUGGUGGAAUGGACCAGCUUGGUUAAAGCUUGCAGAAUCGGAGUGA